UUCAGCUCUUCUCACACUUCCUGAUUCACCUCAGUUACUUUUUGAAGUUCAGACUUUAACCAGCGGAUUCCAGAAUGAGCCAACGUCCAAGUCACGGUGUCGCAAAUGAACUUUCGCUCACAAAAAUGCCGUUUUGACGAAGGACCUCGCCAACAAGCCUGAAAUGACUUUUACGAGCUAGACGGACUCUACGGUGAAGAGAAAUAAUAAUAAUUAGAAUUUAAAACGCCGCUCCUGUAGUAGCGGGAACCAGAACCAGCGUCAUGCCCGACAAGAUGAAGAGGCCCGACGUGAAGCUGGUCCUCCUGGGGGACAUGAACGUGGGGAAGACGUCGCUGCUCCACCGGUACAUGGAGAGGAAGUUCAAGGAGACCGUGAGCACCGUCGGAGGGGCGUUUUUCCUCAAACAGUGGGGGCCCUACAAUAUCUCAAUAUGGGACACGGCCGGCCGGGAACAGUUCCACGGUUUGGGCUCCAUGUACUGUCGCGGUGCGGCCGCUGUCAUCCUCACUUACGACGUCACCAACUGGCAGAGCCUUGCUGAGCUGGAGGAGCGUUUCCUGUCCCUGACCGACACCGCCAACCACGACUGCAUCUACGCCAUAGUGGGCAACAAGGCCGAUCUCACGGACCCUAAAGCCCAUCUGUCCAGGACAUCAGACGGACAGCCCGAGGACCAAACUGAGUGCGAGGAGGAGAGGACUGAACCACAGGUGUUGUCUGCGUGCCCAACACCCCCGGCCUCACCCGCAUCCCUUUCCGGCGUGAUGCUUCACAAACAGGUGACACACGAGGAUGCGGUGGCUCUUUAUGGGAGAAUACUACGCUACAAGGGCCUGGACGAAAAGAGCAGCCUGCCUGCCGAGAAGGUGUGCUUCGAGACAAGUGCCAAGACCGGCUAUAAUGUGGACGCUCUGUUUGAGACGAUGUUCGAUCUGGUGCUGCCCUCCAUCCUGAGGAAGAGACACGAGAACCAGGAGUCUCCUACGGUGGAUCUGGAGGACAGUCAGGGGGCUCACAGCAGGAAGGCCAGAAUUGGCUGCUGCUAGCGGCCAAUGAGAGGCGAGGAGGCUUCCACCGGCAGACUCGUUUUUUUUUUUUAACCAGGGACAAUCUGCAGGUUGGUCUGAGCAUCAACUGUGAUGGUACUACUUUUGUUGGGCUUGAGUGAGACCUAAUUGCAUUAUUGACCUCCCAGUAACACGCAUACAUUCUCGAUGCUGUGAAGGUCUGGAAAAGCAAAUCAAAUUCAGAGUGUCUAGAGGAUUUUUUAAGUAUUUCUUUGUAAGGAAGGGAAAUAAACGCACGUUGCAUUGUCACUCGAUGCUUUGAAACCUUCCACUCUAACGACUGAAACUGCACUUAAAUCCCAAAGAUGUGUCUGUGUGCGGAUAACGCAGAUAAGAAGUCAAUCACUGCUAUUUGUGUAUGUUUUGCUUUGAGAAUUUCACAAAAUUAACAGCGCUAAUCGCUAGCUGGAUGGCACGUUGCACUGUGUUCAUGGUUGUUGUAUUUCAAGGUUUCCGUCAAUCACAUUUCACUUUAUUGCUCUGUUACUACCAUUUAUAUUGAUCUUUAUAUUUUAUCGGCACUUAUGGAGCUUCUCAAUGAGUGUAAAAAUACCCCUGUUGAAUUUUUAAGCAUGCUAUCAUAAUAAAGAUUUUUAUUUUGCAGUUUGCCUGCUCUGUGAAGACAAAAAUUAAAAAACUUAACCGAGAGGAAAGUGACACAGAAGUAUAACAAACAACAUUUAAUCUUUACAAUCCAAUGAAAUAAUCAUGUUGAAAUAACCAUAAUUAUAUUACAAUUAAAACAGAUGUUGUCAGUAUUUUUUCUGGUCUAAUCAAUCUGUUUAUUUCCAAACAAGUGUGUCAAAGUGAAGUAGAACAUCUGACCUACUUUCUAAAUUGUGUAAAAUGCUCUAAUCUAAACCAGGAUCAGAGCAACGAUUGGCUACCGUCAGAC